GUCUGAAAUUAAUUAUUCAUAGUCAAGAUGGCGGCUGAGAGGCUCUAUUUAUCUGGUAGCUACAAGCAGUGUCACCAAUUGCUCAGUUCCAAGCUAGAGAAGGACAAAAACUCCCAGCAGACUCUGCCAUUUAGAGAUACCCUGAUCUUAAUGAACAAUAAACUCACUUGUGAACUAAAAUUUGAGCAGUCAGUUGAUUCCCUGGAGAGAAUUACUGAACAGUUUUACAUGUUGUGGCAGCUGAUUAUUGGUCUACCAGAGUCAUGUGACUAUCACACGACUCAAUCGUUGAUGGUGGCUUGCAAUGUGUUGUCUUGUUUUAUUCGGUUGUGGUUAAAAACUGGGCAAUCACGUCACGUGAAUAAAUCAAUGGAAUUCAUCAAACAAAUGAAAAUCAGUGAGGACAGUGCAGAUUGUUACAUGAGAAGGUUGUUGCUAUUAAGAAAGCUACUGGAACUGAUAACUAAUACUGGAACUGCAGAUUUCGUUAGCUUUCUUGGAGAUAAAAGAGACUAUUUUCAAACAGGAACACAAUCUGAUAUUGAAUAUGAAAAAGUGCAUCAGUUUUAUGUAGACAGUCAAUAUUCACAAUGUAUUGAUGUCAUUCAUAAAUCAAAAGUAUGUGAUGCUUUUACUGGAGACAGCCAAACUCUUCUUUUAGCAAAUUGUUAUGCACGUAACGGAUUGUAUCAAUUGUCAUUGCAUUAUUAUUAUCAGUGUCUUCGGUCUAAAUCAGCUUCUAUUUUGAUUCAUAAAUUAGCUGCUACUAAUGCUUGCACUGUGUAUCAGAUUAUCAACAAUGCCGAUGCUGAAAUGAGAAUGAGACAACUCCUGCUUGAGCUAUUAAAAGAAGAGGAUAAUAAUGCUCAGCAUUCAUCAAAGGAUUUGCUGUUGGUAUGGAGACACAGGGACAGACUAGAAACUAAUAGAAGAAUGAUCGGUAAAGAUUGUAUUAUAUGUCUCUAG